AUGACUCCAUCUGAAACGAAUCCCGAAGAUUCGAGCUCCCGUGCCCCGGGUCCUGCACCCCAGACUGCUGCUCAGUCUGCAGUCAACAUACCCUCCCCAAUCACCGGACCCGUAUCUGAAGACGGGCAGCAGACUCAGCAUUCGGCGACAUGGUCACAGUCUGGCCCGAUGCCGUCUCAUCGAGGGCCUCCACCCACGCGGAGCCCAAAGCUGAAUGCCCGGCCGCCCAGCGCGCAGAGCAAGAUGAGCAAAACCCACGUCUCCUCUCUCACCUCCCAGGCCUUCUUUCGACCCAUGAGCUCGCAGAGAUUACAGGCACAGCGUGGUGGGAGACCUACAACGACGGCAACCAGUACCACUGGAUUUGAAGACAACCAGAGUGAUGUGGCCAGCCAGGCGCGCAGGAGUAUGGUAUCAAACACGACGGCACAUCUAGAUAACGAUAUCCGGCCACCAACAAGAGGAACAGAGUUUACGGAUCCAGUACUGCCUGACAGGCUGAUGACAAAUACCAGUCCCUCAGGACAUACGACGAUUCGCAGCCUGGGAGACAACGUCAGGCUGCUACAGGAUAGAUCUCAGAGAUCGUCUACUCCUGUCCAGGUGAACUUGGGGGAGAACUAUACCAACCCAACUGCGUCACACGAGCUGCCUUCCAAGUCACCUAUCUCAUUUCCAUCUGGACUUCUCGGUGGGAAUGCAUCUGAGGCUACCAUACGCCGUUGUGACCAGAGAAGUCACACAAGACUCGCCUCUAAUGCAACGUCUAUCCCUGAGCCUGAGCCUGAAAAGGUUGAGGUGAAACCGGUCGUGGAAAGGGGAAAGAACUAUCAAUACUUUACUGGGAAUACUGCAUUUUUCGGUGGCGGCAGGUUCCAAAAUACUCGUGAUAGACCGAUUAACAUUGUUACUGGAUUCUUGAUCGUCCUACCUACAAUUCUCUUUUUUGCUUCCUCGGCACCUUGGUUGUGGACUAACAUGUCAAAAGCAAUACCCAUUGUCUUUGGAUACCUCUUCUACCUUUGCGUCUCGUCUUUUCUUCAUGCUUCCUUAGUCGAUCCUGGAAUUCUUCCCCGAAAUCUUCACAUUAUACCCCCUUCCGACCCCGAUGCUGAUCCUCUAGCCCUGGGUCCUCCUACCAGUGACUGGGUUAUGAUCAAACUAGCUACAUCUGAAGUUGCUGCCAUGGAUGUGCCAGUAAAGUACUGCAAGACCUGCAGCAUCUGGCGUCCACCGCGUUGCUAUCACUGCCGAGUAUGCAACAACUGCGUUGAAACUCUGGACCAUCACUGUGUCUGGCUCAACAAUUGCGUUGGACGCCGAAAUUACCGUUACUUCUUCUCCUUCGUUGCUACAUGCACUGUACUCGCCGUCUUCCUUUUCUCUGCUAGUCUUGCUCAUGUCCUUGGCUACAUGAAGAUGGAAGGUGUCACUUUUGGUGAAGCCAUCGAUAAGUGGCGUCUUCCCUUUGCCAUGGUCGUGUAUGGCGGCCUUGCAGCUACGUACCCUGCCGCUCUAGCAGUCUACCAUAUCUUCUUGAUGAGCCGAAGUGAGACCACACGAGAGUACCUGAACUCCCGCAAGUUUAAGAAGGAAGACAGACACCGCCCCUUCACCCAGGGAAGUGCUUUCAGGAACCUGGCUGCUGUCCUUGGAAAGCCUCGAACUCCUAGUUACCUCCAAUUUAAGAACUCCCAUGUCGAAGGUGACCAGCGAUUUGCGACUUUCAAGGUGAACAAGCGACGAAAUGACAUCGAGGCACAAAACGGCGGCCUUGAGAUGCAGCAGGUCGGUAAUGGACACCCGACCAGCGGAGCGGCACCGCCACCCUCGUAA